GACGAACCCUUAUUGUAAAAAAAAAAAAAAGUAAAACAAAAUUUUAAAAUGUCUUCGAUUUUGUAUUAGCAAAGCCAGCUAACUGUCCAUGUUAGCUUGAUAAAUACGAAAAGGCAGCUCCAGUCUUUCAUAUGCGCGACUGUUUCUUGUGACUUUUGGGCUCAUUUGAGCUACGUUGUGUUCCACGGUUAAAGUUAGGCACCCGUGGACGUGCGUGGAAUUGUGUUGACGCGAUUAUGCUAUAUUUAAUGGAGCUGCGGCUGUGAAAUGAGAGUUUCGGGGCGUCAUUUUUCACAGGUCCGGUGUCAUUUAUUGCAAGAGUCGCAGCUUUCUUUGACUGACCAUCCGUCCUCUCCUAAGUCUAAACCUGCACAGGCUGCUGUUUGCCUCUUUUUUCCUCUCACGUUUCUCCUCUUAACAGCUCGUAUUCUUAUCUAGCAGUUGCCAGACUGCGGGAGGAAGGAUGACGUUUAACCUGACAACCAUUCUUUAAACUCGACGAGACAACUAAAACCAUCUGAUGAAAAUUAACUGCAGCAUUACAGACUCCGUCAUGGAAGACAAGGCAAAUGGUUCUGUGGACACCAAAAGCCCCGUGGAGAACGGUCAGCUUCCAGACCCGGCCAACUGGGCGGUUGCUGACGUGGUCAAUUACUUUAAAGCGACAGGGUUUGAGGAGCAAGCCACAGCGUUCCAAGACCAGGAAAUCGAUGGCAAGUCCCUGCUCCUGAUGACGCGUAAUGACGUCUUGACGGGCCUGUCGAUAAAGCUGGGCCCGGCGCUGAAGAUCUACGAGUACCACGUGAAGCCGCUGCAGACCCAGCACCUGAAGAGCAACGCCUGUUAGCGCGCCAUCAGGCAGCCCGCCGACCCCCGCCCCCCUGCCUCAGUGACAAUCGACACCCAGCUGAGCGUUGGCAGAGACUCCUCCCUCCGGCCGCACGGCACCUUAAGACAGGAUCGGUUUGAAUAUGUUUUUACAUGUGUGGACCCCCCAGAACAUGGGUGGCACACGGGGUCCACUCAGCUGUUCUUACUACUGCUGCUUGAAACUGUAUUUGAUUUUUUAUUCAUCACCUUUUAUUUAAGACAAGGACACUUGUCAGUGAUUGUAUUCCAGAAGUGUGUGUGUUUUGUGUUUGUGUGUAAAAUAAGUUCAUGAAGUAGUGAUGGUUUCAAAAGUAUUCGUACGUGCGAUGAUGUAGGCUUGAAAACACAAAGUAACGUGCGUAUGUGCCGGACAGGCUUGUGCAAAGUUCAGCUCAUUUGAAGAAUUGGAAUUACAGGAAGUGGAAUUAAAUUCAUUGAGAAAUUAGGAAGAAAUUAAGAAAUUGUUAGGUUUAAAUACUGAAAAGAAAACCACAAAUUCCCUCUGUUUUGAAUGCUGUUCUGGGAAUUUUUUCAGCAUUUUCCAUCAUAUAAAUAUGAAUAAUGCAUUUAUUCCUAACUGGCGAUGAAAUGCUUGCUGUAAUUCUGUCAUAUGCACACCGUCAUGAAUGGAAUAUACUGUAAAGCAGGGGUGUCCAAACUUUUUCCACCCAUACUGAGAAAAGGAUGCCUUUAUGGGUUUUUUCCCACUUAGAUAUGCUGAGAUGUUUUUUUUAUAUUAAAGAAAAAACAGCCUACAUCUCAGCAUUGUGUUAUCUCUCACAAAGCUUUUGUUUUUCUAGUUGUGCCCUUUUUCCUUUUUAACAAAUAUUUAAACUUUCUUCUUGUAUGUUUUAUCUUGUGAUGUGAUGUCUUUAUAUCAGAAUAUUCUGACUUGGUUAUUGUUAUAUUGUCACUUUCACCUGACCUCAUUUUCCUAAAAUUGCAACGUAUUCUUUUUGGUUGCUUCUCAUAAUGUUAGACUUAAAAAUAUAUAUAUCAAAAAUUAAUAUUUUAACUCUAUGCUACUAAAAUGACUAAAUUUAAUUUAAAAAUGUAAUAAAAUUUUUAAUGAAAUUAUUCAUUUAAAAUAUUUUUCUCCUAAUAUUUCAUGUUUAUACAUGUAAAAAAAAAAAAAAAACACUUGUUUUUUUUUCCUUCAGUCAUGGGCCGUAAAUGGCCCCCGGGGCUGCACCCUGGACACCCCUGCUGUAAAGCAGGAUUCUUGAAUGCAGCAACUUUAUGAAUUGGAAUUUCAAUUCUGCUUCCUGUGUGCAACCUUAAUUCAAUUCAGAUUUUUUACAUUUUUUAUUCGUUCAUGAAGCGUUACGUUUUCCCUCACACACACGAGGAAUUCUCUCGGAAGUAUAAAUACGUGUAUUAUGCUGUCCCUACCUGUGGUGCUUCAAAAUGACUGUAAUCGUGUGUGUGUGGAUGACUUUUGAGUGGUGUACAUGUGCAACACUGGAGUUUGACUAUUUCAAUCAAAGACUUGCAAUAAACGGUGCUCUUUUCUCACCAAAGAACACCAGCAGUUUAUUGGUGAUUCCAAUGCGGUAUGUACACGAUGGAAAUACACUGUAUGCGGACGUUUUCAUCUUGGUCCCAGCUUUCCUUUUGUUCUGUGUGUGCAGAUCGCUUCAGAGCUUGGCUUGUGGUUUCCUGCGCACCGUCCCUGCGAUAUUUCCUGAUGGGUUGUCGAGGGGGAGAAGAACCUGUGACGGCAGGACGGAACACGUUGGGUAAGCAAACAAUGCCACGCUUGCACCGCUUCAUGCCUGCCACUUGCCUCAUCUUUGUUUUCCAGGCCCAUUUUUAUCAUGUCGAUGGUGAAGUAGUGCUGGUUGGGCAUGACGAUCUCUAUUUCAUCUACCUGGGGAAAACGUGCACAUGCCAGACACACUAAGAAGAAAGGUAAUGAUUCCAUUCAGAUUCAAAGUGUGGCCCAGGGGGCCAUUCACUCCCCAAGACAGUUUUUUUAUUGGCCCUCAGCCCAUUCUAAAAUACAAUUACAUUUUUUUUUUUAAACUGCAAUUUUUACAAGAAUAAAGAUGAAAUAUUAGGAGAAUAAAGUCGGAAUGUUAAGAGAAGAAAAUAGCAUAUAGAUAUACAAUAUUAUAGUUAUCAUUUUUAAACAUCGUAAUAUGAGAGUUACAAGCUAUAAUUACAACUGACAAAAGAUUAACAAUUGUAAUCAGAUUAAUUGGUUUUCAAAUGAAUUAACCUGAUUAAUCACCGUUAGCAACUGUGUGUGAAAUAUUCCCAUUUUUACUGUUUAAUGAAGAGAAAGAUAAAUGACAGGACAGGAUUAUAUAUAUUUGUAUGUAUGAAGAGCUGCAGAUGAACUGAAUAUGUCAUUCAAGCUAAAAAGAUACCACACAAGUCUGAAGACCCAUUUGUCUAACUCUAGUCUCUUUAACAGUACAACAUUUGAAUCACACGUUAACCGUGUUGUUAUGAGCAGUGUGGGGUUGCGUUCAAAGACAUCACAUCAGUUAAGGUAAAUGUACUUGUUUUCAGUGUCUUUUUCCAGCAUACUCAAAUGUAGCCAAUUGUACAUCCGAAUUAAGAGCUAUACGAGCUAUGUUUUUCUUUAUCUUCCUGUUUAUUUACACACACACACACACACACACACAUUAUGAAGCCAUUGUUAGGGUGCUUGGAGUGUCCCUGAACUAGAGACGUGUGUGAGUUGGAGAUACAUACAGUACAUGCUGUUGGAAUUGUACUCAGGUCAGAAUGAAGUUAUAAAAGAGCAUCAGAUUCUGUGUGACUGCGUGGGGACGCUCCACGCUCCACAGGCAGGCGUGCUUGCUCUGGUGCGCAAUCUUAAUUACAAACGUAACCUAAUUCAUGGAAUAAAUUAGCUACUGCCGUUAACGUGUUAUUUUUGACAGCCCUCGUUAUAGUAUUACAAUAGUAAAGUCCAAAUAUCAUGAGAAUAACAACAUAAUAUUACAAUAAUUAAAAAAAAAGGAACAACACACACAAAAGAGUUUUUCUCCAUUGGUUUGGCUCAUGUCCUGAAACAGAAAUGACGUUUUCCAAACUCUAACAGUCUUACAGUUGAGCACGACACCGUAGCCCGUACUCUCCCAACACGGUUCACUCGUGCUGCUAAGCUAAUUCAUUCCCCGUAUGACUCGUCAGUACCAAAGUAUGCAAA